UCAAAUUGUUUAAUGUUAGCGUCCUCCUUGCCCAGCUAGCCUAGCAUCAACAGCUCAGUGUGAAGUUGUCAAAGUAGCCGAAAAACGUCGCGUCGCCGAAGCUGACACAGUUUUCCUGAUGUGCAGUCCUCAACAGUGAUGAACAAAGACGAGACACAAUGGAAGAGGAGGGGUCAAUAGACUUCAAAGCUCUGAGGGCCAAGUUUCAGGAAGAGGCCCUUUUGGCUCAAUCCAAGACCAGAAGACCAGCAGUUGCAGAGAAGCCCAAAAAUGUCCCGCCUCCUGGAGGUCACUGUAGCUCUGUUGUUACUAAUAUGAUUGUUGCUGAUGUAAACAAGACACCAGUGGCUCCUCAGUUAAUUUUCAGAGAUAGGCUGCAGGGAUCUGGUGGCAAGCGACCUAUCUCUUUUCCACCCCACUUUCAGCAGACUUCCCCCUUACCCCCGAUUGCUAAUGGAGACAACAUAGCAAGACAGUCUCUCAAAGAGCGACACAUGCCUCUUGUGCUUCCAGCCUUUCCUGCAAAAGAGCAGAAAAAAGAAUCACCCGUCAGAAAGAUCCUCCAUCAGAACACAGAGCCAGGAAAAGAAGUUCUUCCCCAUAGUAAAAUUAAAAAGAAGGGUUUGCUUCUCCCUUUCAAGUCAACCAAAGCAUCAAAAGUUGGUACAGAAAAUGGAGAGGAGCCCACUUAUGCUGAUUUGACAAUCAGACCUUCUAGUGCUCCUGGAGAGUUGCCCUCAAUGGAAAAACAAACAGAAGAUGGUUUUUCACUCCAAAGUGACCAAUCAACUGCUGAAGGCCCCCCCUCCAGUCCAGAUGUACCAAUCACCCCUCCUUCUUCCGAGACAAGUGUUGACUCUGACAGCAGAUUCAUUAGCACCUUGGAGAGAGCCAAGAAAAAGUUCUCACGUCGGCAGAUGUUCAUAUCCACAAAACCCAAGAGCUUGCGUUCCCCUGACUACACAUCAAGAGACAAGGCGUUUCCUUUGCCACCAAAGAACAUUGAAAGUGCUGAGCCUGAACUCCCCAUACCCCCACCAGUCUGUCUUCCACACCUGGCUUGUAUUUCAGCUCGGCCUUUCUUCAAAGCCAACAACUCUGCACGAAAGUCUGCAUUGGCUAAGCACUUUGGCAGGGAUCAAGCUGAACGUCCCUCAGUGAGGACUUUUGAACCUCAUUCACAAUCUGUUCCUCCAAAGAAACCUCUACCUGACCCGAGGCUGCUGGAACCACUGCCAGCAAAGCCCCCAAGACCGCCGUUAGUAGAUCUUAGUCGGUUCCAUCUACCCACAGUACAUGAGUUAUCGCCAGGUCUUAGCAGCCAAGCACCUCCUGAAGAGCCAGAAUCUGAGGUCCCAUCCAUCCCCAAUCCUGUGCUCGAUGCUCCAGAGUUUCCAGAGUUUGACAAUUCAGAGAUGGAAACAGCAGAGGGGGAAGCUGUUGAUAUUGCUUUGCUGGAAUUGGAGGCUUUAGACCUUGUCAGCACUCACCUUUCUGUCCCAGUUGACUGUGGGAUCCCAGAUUUGCAGGCUUCUCAGACUGAUUUGUCAGUAUGUCAAUCUGCAGAGUCUGUAUUGAGGUCUAUCGUCCAAGAUCUGAACCUUGGCAGUCAAAACAUAAUACCACUCGAUCCAGCCAGCUUCCCUGAACCAAUAAACCUUCCAGAGUUUCCAGAGCCUGCUGUAGCAGAGCAGUGGUCUCAGAGUGAGGAGGUGGUUGUUGAUCCUCUUUCUCUCUCUCAAGCUGAUGAGCUAGAUGUGGGAGCUGCUGAGUCUGUCCUAGAUGAAACUGAGCUUAGUAACCACACAGAAUUCAGUGAUAAUAUUCAGGCACAUCCAGGUGUUUAUGAACAGGACAGUUACUAUGAAAAGUGUGAUAAUAUUUACGAGGAUGUUGAGAACCUCAAAAAACUCACCUUGGGCCAGAACUCUCGUAAACGUAAAGCUGGAGUGAAGAAUCCAUAUGCUGACAACUACCCCACGAAGGAGGAGGCAAGUCAUAACGUAAGGCCACGGAAUCCGUGGGGCAUUGGAUCAGGAGAGCAUGCUCAUUUGGCCUAUAAUCAUGUCCACAGUAAGGAACGCCACAGCCCCAAUACUGCUGAGCAGAAGGAGCAGAAGAAAAGGGAGAAACACAGACUGGAGAAGGAGAAAAAGGAGCAAAAAGAAAGGGAGAAGAAGGAGAAUGAAAUGAAAAAGAAGUACAAGGUGACUGGUGAUGAGGAGCCCCUCUACCAUGCCAAGGUGACGGUGGCCAGUAAAGUUCGCAAGAAUGACCUACCUGUGAAGAGUGGUGAGACGGUCAGCAUCAUCCGCACCACUAACUGUCCCAAAGGCAAAUGGUUAGCGCGAGACGCCAGCCACAAAUACGGUUAUAUUUCAGUAAUGAAUGUGGAGCUAAAUAUCAAGGAGAUGCUGGAGCUGGGGAAGAAAGCUCAAGCAGCUGGAAGAGGAGGUAAUGUGGAAGGCGACACCAUCAGCAUUGGGAGCAGAUCCUCCAGUCACGCUGUACUAACAAGUAGCUUCACAGAUGACAGUGAGGAGUGGGCCUGUGAAGACGAGACACUCUCACCCUCCAAUGAAAGCCAUAGUUUUGCCCAGCAGACUUCCUCCAUGUGUGAGAUGUUGUGUAGCCACGUUGGCGCCCAGCACACUCUGAAUGAUGCCAACCUGGAGGACCUACACACACAGACCAGGCAUGAAGCCCUGCAGAAACUAGCCGUCUUUUUUCAACACACCAAAGAUGAGUUUGUUGAAGUUGCUGAUGGAACAACACCCACAAAUGCUGAACCCCCAAAUUUCUUGAGUGACGUUGAAGAGCCCCCAUAUCCUGAACAGGAGGUUGACUUCACAGAGCUGGAGCUCCUUCCUCCUCCUCCACUAUACGCUGACAUCUUCUGAUUACUCCAUCAGCUACAGCCAGGAAUGUCGAUCUGAACAAUUUCAACUGAGUUUACCUUUGGGAUUUGAAACUGAGAAAGAGAUAAGAAUGCCAAUGAGAAUUGCCACAUAUUUCAACAUGUUUUUUACUCUCUACAGUGGAGAAAAGAAAACACAAUCAUGAAUGAUUAAUGGAGCUCUUGUUGUGACUGUUACAAUCCAAAUGUCACUUUUUUGUUAACCUUGUCAUGCAUGUUGGUGCAUUUUCACCUUACGUUCUGCACUUUUUCUUUUCUUUAAAGUUCCUUUUUAAAAAAUAGCAAAUGGUGCACAAAUUUAAAUCAAAGCGCAAUCACAAUAUUAACUUUUCACUUGUUGCUAAUGUUUGUUUUUGAGUAUGUUCUGUUUGGAUUGUCUUUGGUUUGAGUGUUACAUAUAAUAAAUAUUGGUCACA